CGACGAUGAAGGAAGGACGCGCCAGUGCGGAGGCCGGUGGGUCGGCGCUGUUUGUUGCCAUGGUGAGAUAGUGGCCGUGUGGGCUUGCUCCGCAGACAGCGUUGUUGCAACAACUGACUGUGUAACUUGCCAAGGGAGUGGCUGAUCACCUAAUCCCAGCCCUGCAGCGAACCGCUGGAAACUCCCCUUCUUGCAGCAGCUCCACUGCUCAUAGCCGUGGGAGGGAAGAGGCUUAAUAGGAUCUCCAACUCGGUCCCGGAACGCAGCACUUCACCGGAGUCACCCUUGCUCAGCGCACGGACACUGAGAGCGCCGCCGGCAACCGGUCACUGGGUGAAUACAUCUCGGCGGUCUGACUUCAUAUCGCCUGCAAACUAAACACCUGCAACUCGCAUCCAGCAGCAGGAGGGAGGGCGAGACAGAUUAAUGAUGCAGGGCACUUUGAACCACGGCCCCCACCUGGACAGUGGCCAGGCCGGCUGCCUACACCCCCGCAUGGAGACCAUCGUGUUGAACGGAGCGGCGGUCAGUCACGGCCAUGCGAGGGCCGUGUGCCCGGGGCGGGGACCGGACUCACGGGGAGACUCCUUUGAGCCGAGCGUGCGCUGGACGUGCCGGGAGAUCAGCGUGUCCCCCGCGCCCGGUUCCCAGACACAGGAGGGGUCUCUGUCCGGGCUGGGCAGGUCCCAGACGUUCAUGGCGCGGCCGGUGGGCAGUCAGAAGCCCCCUAUCCAUGACGGAGUGCGGCGGGUGAACAGCACCCGUGUAACCGCGCAUCAGGAGAGAGCGAAUGUGUCGGAGUAUUCAGAGCGGAAUAGCCCGCCCUUCAACACAAGCUGCCCGGACAGCGAGCCUUUGUCACCAAGUCUGGAUGCAACCCUGGAAAACCUCAACAACCUGAUUCUGGAGCUAGACCCGACCUUCAAGCCCAUCAAUACGUGUCCCAGGAGAGGCCGUUUAACGAGCAGCUGCAGGGGUCAGCUGGCCGAGGACUCGCUGCUCGACACACAUAGCCCAGGGAUCCUGAUCUACGAUGAAUGGGACUCGAGAAGCUCCGACAAUGACAGCACCUCCCUCAGCUUGACGUGUGAGUCGGACUCGCUUGGGUUGCGCCACCAAAGCACAGCCGUGCCGGUCUACAGGAUGCCCGAGACCACACCGCACCAUGUGCUCGAUGCAGGAAAGACGAACUGCCCCACUCUCGCACACAGUUCCUACGUCCCCGCUGCUUCCAGCUCGCCACAGUUCAGGCCAUUGUCCCCUGACUCUUGGAUUGCUGCCAACCAGGACAACUCCUCGCCGUGCGUGGCCCAGAGACAGAGGCAAGCGUCGGAGUGCCUGGGCCCAAACUCCAGCUCCCCCCAGCACAGUUCCCAGCCUAUCGCUGUACCUCCCGCCAGCAACAGCCCUAGCUCCAUCACCAGCUCCAUGCCUCACCAGCAAUCCCACCUGCCCGUGAACAUGACCGGCCCUAGAGAACACUCUGGCUCCUACCUGUCAACCUCCAUAGACUCUGACUACCUGCCCACCCCCGCCCACGGACAGAGGCGCAGACUCGGCGACAGCGCGAACUCCCUCUUCUCCACCUCACCCGGCUGGGACACCAUGGGCAGUUCGCAGUCCCUGUUGAGCGACGAGGGAGAGGCCGGGAGAUUUUACCGGUCAGCGGGGAGCACGUUUGGUUCGUCCGGUUCGUUUGUCAACCUGCGGAGCCCUUACAUAGUGUCACCCAGCCCGGCCAGCGAGCAGCAACUUCACGGUAAAGCCGCCAGCUUCCGCACCCUGCCCCUCCCGCGGCGCCAGGCAGCGUUGGGCUCAGCCGGUGGUGACCCGGCAGCCGCGCCACACGGACAGUCCGCGCACGGGUUGAAGAAACAAGCUAACAGCUGCCCGGCUUCGGCCGCCGGCUCCUGCACCGACAUCCCGCUGCUCCUGCUCAACGGAUGCAGCCAGUUCCCAGCGCACGACGCCCGCGGCCCGCAGAGGCAGAGACUGCCGUCUAUCUCCGCCAGCACCUCCAGCCUGCCCCACUCUGACUGCUCCACCAGCGAAUUCUCCAAAGCCACCAGCACCAGCUCCCUCUCAGAUAUCCCACGUGAUGUAGAACCUACGGUGAAAUUUGUACAGGAUACAACCAAGUAUUGGUACAAACCACAUCUCAGCAGAGACCAGGCCAUUGAGAUACUGAAAGACAAGGAGCCAGGUUCGUUCCUUAUACGAGAGAGCUCCACGUAUAUCGGGUCUUUCGGACUGGCCAUGAAGCUCGCAUCCAACCCAGACAGCCCCGAGAUAAAGACGGGAGAUUCUUCCGGCGAGUCAGUCCGACAUUUCCUCAUCGAGUUCUCUCCAAGAGGAGUGUGUUUGAAAGGAUGUCCCCAGGAACCGUACUUCGGCAGCCUGUCCGCACUGGUCUACCAGCACUGUAUCACCGCGCUCAGCCUGCCCCGCGCACUGCGGCUGCCCCGGAAAGGUGAGAGCAGGGUCGCGGCCACUGCACUGCCUCUGGCGUUGCCCCAGUGCCAGCGCCGCACCAGCUGCGCGGUUCACUGGGACCCGCUGCCAGAGGAGACGCCGAGGCCGCGGCCAGUGGCGCUGCCGAGGGCGGUGACCACAGAACACUCACCCGUUUGUUGUUAUUGUUGCAGGUGGCGGAAAGACAACGAGCCGUCGAGAAUCUUUGCGUUCGUGGCGAAAAAACAGGGCAGUUCGUCGGAGAACGUGUGCCACGUGUUCGCGGAGCUGGAGCGGGAAAACUCCGCGCACCUGAUCAUUGGGCUGGUGACCAGCAGGCUGCUGGAGCCGCAGCGGAGGUGACGGGUCGUUGACCAGCAGGCUGCUGGAGGAGAGGGGCCGGCGGACAGACGGUGGUAGACCCUACCCCCGACCCUCCAAACCCCACCCCCACCCCGCGCUGCCCAUCGGCCCAUCUCUCUUCCCACUGCCCCGGGCACACGGCCAGAGGCUGGGACCCCACCUCCAGCCCCAACGCCCAGCAGCCGAGCGAGGUGGUGGUCGGAUGCUGAGGACCAUCAUAGCGCCGUGGAAUGUGCGCGCUGUUUCACAACAGGUUCAAUUCACAGCAGGAGCCACAGGCAUUGAAAGAUGCAGUAGGCCCUUCGGCCCGCCGAGUCCACACCCACCAUCGAUCAUCCAUUCACACUAGUUGUAUGUUUCCCACUUUCACGUCCGCUCCGUCCACACUGGGGAUAAUGUACAAAGGACCAAUUAAUCUACACGUGACGUGGGAGGAAACCGGAGCAACCGGAGGAAACCCACGAGGUCACAGGGAGAACAUGCAAACUCCACACAGCCAGCACCCGAGGUUAGGCUCGCAUCUGGGUCGCAGGCGCAGUGGGCAUUUCUGUUGGAGUUCAACACGCUUGCCCUCCUGCAGCGAGUCUGUUUGGUCAGAUUCCCCGUGUCCCCGACCCCCUCACUGCGCGCCACAGUUCACAUUCUAAGGUAAUGCUGUAAAUGCAGGUUCAGGUUCAGGUUGCCGAUGAUCUCACAAGCCCAUAUGGUCCCGACACCUUCGCCCUCUGCUGCCUCCUCUUAGAGUGAAGCUCCCACUGCCCACGUCGCCUGCCAAGACCCCCCCCCCCCCCCCCCCCCCCCCCCUCCCUCCACCACCACCGUGCCUGUAGUCUCUCAGUGUCCGGCUCCAGGCCUGCGCUGAUAUGUUGCACCUUACGGGAUAGAGGGCAUUUUAAGUACACUCGCUUCACUGCGCCUGUUACUGUUUAACAGAAUGUAAUCACCAAAUACAAAUUACCUUCAAAUAAAUAGUUCCUAUAAUUUAAUUCAUUACAAACUGUUCACUGAUUGUCAAAAUAAUUGUAUCAUUGUCAAUAUCACUCUAUACUUAAAAUAAUGAUAUUCUGUGUUUCAAAACGUUUAAAUGAUGUAUCUGUGCAAUUAAUAUUCGUUCUGCGUCUCUUUAAAUUGUGUACUUUAAAAAUUAAAUAUUUUUUCAGCUUGAGGUUAAACAGACAA